UUUGUUUUCCUUUGCCCAUACCUGUCAGCUAUUGAUGCGCGGACAGGAUGGCCACCUCACCCGCCAAAAGACAAUUACAGGACGAGGAUCGAGAUGAGUCUGAACAGGGUAGCUCUAGAGCCCCCACUCCAGUGCCCAAAAGGGUGAAAAGAGAACCUAGCCUGGCUCGAAGGGCAUCGAGAGGUGUCAGUAGAGCUGCCGGCGAACCUUCCGCCACGUCAGAUCAUGAUUCAGAAUCGGAACUGGACAACUCAGAAUACGAGAGUGAACUUGAAGCCCCGACAGACGACGAGGAGCACUUUGACGACGAUGAAGCCAAUGUCAAGGCUUACGAGGAAGCCAAGGCCAAAACGGGCGACAUAUUUGGCUGGGCCUCAGACGCAGGGAUCAUCAAGCAGGUCAUACUGGUCGACUUCAUGUGUCACAGACACUUCUCGGUCGAGCUGGGCAACCGCAUGAAUUUCAUCGUCGGUCAUAAUGGGAUGCUCACGGGCAUCGCUGUUGCUCUUGGCGGCAAGGCAGCCGUGACGGGGCGUGGUCAAGGACUGAAAGACCUUAUCCGGAGAGACGCAGACAAAGCAGUGGUAACCGUCAUCAUGUCCAACGAGGGACCCGAAGCGUUCAAGCCUGAGCUAUACGGCUCACAGAUCGUUAUUGAAAGAACGCUGCACAAGAACGGCGGUUCAAGCUACAGAUUCCGGGCAACUCGAGACGGAAAGAUCAUCGCUCAGAAGAGGGACGAGUUGAACGAAAUAUGCGCCAACUUCAGUAUUACCAUCGACUCUCCCCUCACCAUUCUGACUCAGGAUGCCGCGAGAAGCUUUCUACAGAAUGCGACUGACGAGAUGUUGUACAAGUUUUUCCUCGAAGGGACCGGACUAGAUAGUCUCUCCGCAUACUAUCAGAAGAUGCAGCUUCAGGGGGAACAGCUGAAAAACAUUGCGGAUUCUCAAGCUGAGAAAAUUCCUUUGAAAGAGAUUGAAGUGGAUCAGCUGCAUCGUCAAGUCGCAGCUUCCAGGCGUAUAGUGGAACUGCAAGCCAAGAUCACGAGACUUACGAGCGAAUUAGCUUGGGCGUAUAUACGGGACAAGGAAACGGUUCGUACAGGAGAGGUGAAUUCAAGAUGCUUCAUUCUGACCCAACACAGGAGCUCGAGGACACAGUGA